AAUCUCUGGAAACGCUAGUAUAGACUGCCCAGGCUUAGACAAUCAUCACGCCUGCACUGCUCGGGUUAUUAAUUGUUGUUUUAAAAGUGGAUAGGACCGACAGCUGUGCCGCCUUUCGAUUGCCUAGGGGAAAAGCAAAGCUAUCCAUCCAUUCAAUAAUCCGGCAGGUCUGCAACAAAUAAAUCCUGUUUCAAGCAGAAUGGGUCCUUUCCAGGAUUAUCAGGAGCACAAGGCAUCAGAGAAGGAGGGCACUCGCAGUCGCAUCCCUCGUCCAGUCCUCCGCCCUUACAGACCAAAAUCUAAGGGAUUGCCGCUGUCAGAUUCACCAUUUUCAGAAGAGGAAAGUAGAGACUGCGACCUCAGCUCUGACCAUUCAAAAACAACCAUUAGCACGAACAGUUUUUGCUCAGAUGACACUGGGUGUCCCAGCAGCCAGUCCAUAUCCCCCUCAUGCUCAGAGAACAGCCCGCUAGUGUCCCCCUCACCUGGCGAGCGGAAGAGCAAGGUAAAGAGGGUACGAGUCAUCAUGGCGGAGUGGACUGCACCCCCAUCCAGGCACAAGAGGGAGCAAAGGUCCUCCAAACAGCGCAAAGGCAGUGAGGCAGACUUCAGCUCCUCGAGCAGCACAGGCAGCGUCAAGAACCGGGAGGCCCUGUCGACCAGCUCUUCAGGGAAGAAGUCCUCUUUCUCGCGCAGCCAUGGCGCCUACAUCAGGAGCAGUAUCCCAGCACAAAAGGCAGCAGUGAGCCCAACUGCCCGCCAGGACAAGGAGCUAUAUGGCCUGUAUCACCCACCUCCCCGCACCUCCCCUUCCUCCAACAGCAGCAGCAGCAAUUCUGGUUCAAGUCCUAUCACCAGGAGAUCCAGCACAAGUCGAUAUCACUCCUGUGGGGACAACCAUGGCAUCAAGGCCCCAAACCCUGAACAGUACCUGACCCCCCUGCAGCAGAAGGAAGUGACCAUCAGACACCUGAAAAGCAAGUUGAAGGAGUCUGAGAGCAGAGUCUGCCAAAGGGAGUCUGAGGUGGACGAGCUGAAGGCACAACUGGGACGAAUGCGGGAGGACUGGAUCGAGGAGGAGUGCCACCGCGUGGAGGCGCAGUUGGCCUUGAAGGAGGCCCGCAAAGAGAUCAAGCAGCUGCGGCAGGUGGUGGAAACGAUGAAGAACAGCCUGAUGGAGAAGGACAAGGGCAUCCAGAAGUACUUCAUCGACAUCAACAUUCAGAACAAGAAGCUGGAGUCGCUGCUGCACAGUAUGGAGAUGGCCCAGAGUGGCUCCUUGCACGAGGAGCCCACCCUGGACUUCCUCUGCGACUCUGCCCCCGGGAAGCCCAUGGCCGAGCUCGGGGACGGGCCGGCGCUGGAGGACCAGGCAGCCGAGAAGAUGGCUGACAGCAGUCUGCUGGCCGAUGACGAGAUGGCCAACCGGACGGACAUCCUGGAACACAUUCUGAUGUCGACGGCCGUGGACUCCAGCCAGGAGGUGAAGCCGAAGCUGUGUGCCAUGCAGUCCAGCCUGCUGCAGGCUUCCGCGGAAACAUUCCCCACCCGCUCCAGCGGCGAACAACAGAUCACCACGCAAGAUAAGGCCAUCCAGACUGACUUCAUCUCCGAGACCCCUGACCUGCAAGACCUCCUGCUUCAGCUGCUGAAACUUCAGACCAAGGGCAACAGUGCCCCCAUUGCCAGUUUCCCUGAGAGUCUUGUGUUAAAGAGCCCAGAAAUACCUGAAGCAGCAAACCUGACUUCCACAGACCCUCUAGCCGCUACCCUGCUCACUCCUGAAGGGCUUAGCGAUUCAGGCCAGUGUUCCUCGCCCAUAGAGGGCGAUGGCUUCAUAGAGGAGCAGGAUUUUGGUAUGAAAACGUCUGUGGAGGAUGCUGGUAGACCGGAGUGUACCGCACUUGUGGAGAAGCGGUACUGGAGCAACAGCUUCCUGGUGGAUCUGGUGGCCCUGGCUGCACCCAUGCUGCCCACCGUGGCCUGGCUGUAUUCCACUCACAGGGGUCAGGGGGCGCCCGUGUACAACAUCGGAGCGCUGAUCAGAGGCUGCUGCAUUGUCGGCCUACACUCCCUCCGCCAGGUCUCCUUGGGCUCAGUUGUGUAACCUGUUCCCACUGCAUGCAAAGAAUAACAAGAACUUCAAAAGUUAGGAAUGGUUAGUGUGUUUUCUACACUUGUAUAUAGAUAUAUAUUUUUGUUGCCACCCUGUAAGUUUUUAAUUUGCACUGUGUACAGUUGCCAUCGGUUGAGGCAAAAUGUUGAAUGAAAGGGAUUUAUUUUGUGUUGUAGUUUCUCUCCCCAGGAUUCAGUUGUUUAAAAUCUGGGUUGGUUGUUAUGUUACUAAAAGUUUGCUGCUUUAAUUUAUUUAUUCCCCUACUUUUUAAAAUGGUAUAUUUGAGGGGUGGGGGAGGGGAGAACAGAUGAUCAAGAGUAAAAUGAGUUUGUUGCCGUAGAAUUUAACAUUUAUGUGGAGUUGUCUUGUUUGUUUUGGAAAAAAAUCCUAAACCUUCAGCCAAAGCUUUAAUGACCUUCACUGUUUGUUUAGUGGAUGUAUUUUCUCUGUGCUGUUAGAGCUUUUAUUUGUUACAGUUCUGUGUUAACUUGUUCAUGGAAAAAAGCUAAAAGCUAUUGCUACAGUACAGUUGACACUUGUUAUGUGCCUGAAUUAUGUGCAAUACCAUUUUACUAUUUACAUGAGAUGUCAUAAUAUAUUUAUUAAAGCAUGAUAGUUGCAA